GAUUUCAUUUAUUAUUAUAUACACAACUUUACAGCAGAUUCUUUUUCUGAGUUGGAGGACACAGCACAACAGAACCAUACCAUUACUACCAGUUUAAUGCUUUCACCAACUAAGUACUACAGAGUACUAGAAACAAAACAAAACAAAUCAAGUGCUCUUAUAACUUUAGAGUCCUUUUACCUUGGUUCUGAUCCAGUCAUAUAUCCCCCACGUUCGUUCGUUCAUUCUUCGGUUUCUCCGAAUCUGAUUUCUGAUUUGGGAAAAUGCUCCUGGGAUUCUCAACGUUAGCGUUGUUGGUGUGUUUCUCAUGUUGUUGGUUAUUAGUGUUGGGCGAGGGUGAAACGGCGUCGUGCUCGAACAUAGUGGCGUUGGGGCACCGCACCGACAACAUAUCCAUAACGGAGUUUGGGGGCGUGGGUGAUGGACGCACCCUCAACACCAAGGCCUUCAGAGAGGCCAUAUAUAGGGUUCAGCACUUGCCACGAGAAGGAGGCACGCUCCUUUAUGUGCCUCCCGGGGUGUACUUAACGGAGCCCUUUAACCUCACCAGCCACAUGACGCUGUAUCUCGCUGCCGGUGCCGUUAUCAUGGCCACCCAGGAUUCAUUGAAUUGGCCUUUGAUUGCACCCUUGCCAUCUUAUGGAAGAGGAAGGGAACGGCCUGGAGGAAGGUAUAUGAGUUUUAUCCAUGGUGAUGGAGUUCAGGAUGUGGUAAUCACAGGUGAAAAUGGGACAAUAGAUGGGCAAGGAGAUGCGUGGUGGAAUAAGUGGAGGCAGGGAACUCUUCAGUUUACCAGACCAAACCUAGUUGAAUUUGUGAAUUCUAGAGAUAUUAUUAUUUCAAAUGUAAUCUUUAAGAAUUCUCCCUUUUGGAACAUACACCCGGUUUACAGCAGCAACGUUGUUGUUCGAUAUGUCACGAUUUUGGCUCCUCGUGACUCUCCAAAUACUGAUGGCAUUGAUCCGGAUUCAAGUUCAAAUGUGUGCAUAGAGGAUUCAUACAUAUCUACUGGAGAUGAUCUUGUGGCUGUGAAGAGUGGAUGGGAUGAAUAUGGGAUUGCUUAUGGCCGUCCUAGCUCUGACAUCACGAUCCGGCGCAUAACUGGAUCGUCUCCAUUUGCUGGGAUUGCUAUAGGCAGUGAAACCUCUGGUGGGGUGGAGAAUGUACUUGCUGAGCACAUCAACCUUUACAACAUGGGAAUUGGUAUCCACAUUAAGACCAACACUGGCAGGGGUGGAUUUAUAAAGAAUAUAACCAUGUCUCAUGUGUAUAUGGAGGAAGCAAGGAAGGGAAUAAGGAUCUCAGGUGAUGUUGGGGACCACCCUGAUGACAAAUUUGAUGUCAAUGCUCUCCCACUUGUGAAGGGUGUCACAAUUAAGAAUGUUUGGGGUAUGAAGGUUUUGCAGGCUGGUUUGAUACAAGGGUUGAGAAAUUCACCUUUCACUGAUAUUUGCCUAUAUGAUAUCAACCUUCAUGGAGUGACAGGACCUAGAACUCCACCUUGGAAGUGUUCUGAUGUGUCUGGAUUUGCUCAUCAAGUUAGCCCUUGGCCAUGUUCUGAGCUUAGCAGCAACCAGCAGGGAUCAUGUGCCAAUUACUCCUGAGAUUAUGAGAAUAUAUUUCCACUUUUCAAGCAUUGACAGGGGCAACCAAGGGCUUCUUUAGUUGAUUUAUCAUAAUGUAAGGCAAUGAAUUACUAUGAAAUGCAAAAUGAAGACUUGUUGGUUUUAAAACUGAGUAGAAUUGGUUUUGACAGAAAUAAUUUUGAAUUACUGAAUGUAAUUGAGAUGUAUGUCUAAAUUAGUUUCAGUCAUAGAUUUUACAUUAACACGUGUCACAAUGAAAAUAAUGAAUUUUGGGUUUAAAUAAAUAUGCCCUAAAUUUAUUCA